ACCUUAUAACCAAAUUACCUUAGCCAUCGAUCUCUUCUCCCCCUCUAUUUAUUACAACCACUUUCUCUCACAUACAUACACACACCCAAUUUCACGCAUUUUUUCUCUCUCUAUCCUUCAUUUUUAUUCCAAGUAAUAUAAUUGAUCUUCCCUUUUAAUAUAUUAAUUAUAGUUAGGCCAGAGUUCCUUUUUUCAAUUCAUAAGUUUUUUUAUCCAUGGCGUCUGCAUUCUUGAAAUUUGUGUUUCUGCUGGUGUUUGUUUUGUUUACGAGUUUUGUCGGUUUCGGGAAGUCGGAUGAUUCUAAUAAUGAGCAGACGGAGUGUUUGAAUGUGCCGGCGUCGGAAUUCGCGGGCUCGGUUAUGUCUACUAUCGCCAUAGUUCGGCAGGUGAUUUCUCUCGUGUCUCGAUUCUCCGGCGCUUUUGGCGGCGAUUUCCGCCAGAGUAAUGCCGUUUCCGACUGCCUUGACCUCAUGGAUCUUUCCAUUGACGAGUUGACCUUGACAAUGUCUGCUUCUAAAAAUCCAAAUGCGAAAGAUAAUGGAACUGGAAACGUGGGGUCCGAUAUGAAGACAUGGUUGAGUGGAGCAUUGACUAACCAAGACACAUGCAGCCUAGGGUUUGAAGGCACAAAUGGCAUUGUCAAAAGCUUAGUUGUUGGCAGCCUUGACCAAGUCACCUCACUCAUCUACGACAUGCUCUCCGCCGUCAAGACCGCCCCGGCCCCACCACCUAAAGCCGCCUCCUCCCCGGGCGGCAGCAACAAAGGUGUUGGUAGUAGAAAACUUAUCCCCAACACUGACAAAUAUCCGGAUUGGGUGAAAACCCACGACCAGAAUCUUCUCCAAGUGGCCAACGGCCCAAUGGCGGAUGUGGUGGUUGCCGCCGACGGGACGGGGAAUUUCACAAGUAUAAAAGAUGCUAUUGAGGCCGCGCCCGAGUAUAGCACCAAAAGAUAUAUUAUAUACGUGAAGAAAGGUGUGUACAAGGACUAUGUUGAGAUCGGUAAGAAGAAAUGGAAUAUAAUGAUGAUCGGAGAUGGCGUCGAUGUUACCGUUAUUUCCGGUAAUCGCAAUUUUAUCGACGGAUGGACCACUUAUCGCACUGCAUCAUUCGCUGUUAAAGGGCAGGGAUUCAUAGCGCGUGACAUAACAUUCGAGAACACGGCCGGGCCGGAAAAGCACCAAGCCGUUGCAUUCCGUUCGGAUUCCGAUCUCUCCGUUCUGUACCGUUGCGCCUUUAGAGGCUAUCAGGACACACUGUACGCCCACUCGCAGCGCCAGUUCUACCGAGAAUGCGUAAUCACGGGCACUGUCGACUUCAUAUUCGGCGACGGAGCGGUGGUUUUCCAAAACUGCAAUAUCCAGGCCCGAAAAGGCCUCCCCGACCAGAAGAACACCAUCACCGCACAGGGCAGAAAGGAGCCCGUUCAAAAUACGGGCUUUUCGAUCCAGUUCUGCAACAUCUCCGUCGCGAACGACGUGCUGAACACGACACAGACGUAUUUGGGCCGGCCGUGGAAACUGUACUCGCGGACGGUGAUCAUGCAGUCGUACAUUAGCGGUAGUGUCAGGCCCGAGGGGUGGCUCGAGUGGAAUGCGGAUAACUUUGCGCUGGACACGUUGUUUUACGGAGAGUAUAUGAAUUACGGGCCGGGCUCCGGGCUGGGGGCCCGUGUGAAAUGGCCCGGGUAUCGAGUUUUGAAUAGUUCGGCUCAGGCUAGUAACUUUACGGUGUCGCAGUUUAUUGUCGGGAAUACUUGGCUGCCUUCGACCGGGGUUAAGUACACCGCCGGGUUGGGCGCCGUUUGAGGGUGAUUUUGAUCAAAGUAUAAUAUUUGAAGGGUAUCUAUGAUAAAUAGAUAGUGUUAUUUUGGGGUGGAGAUGCAUAAUUAGUUGUAUUUGUGGGGGUUGAUUCUAAGCAUUGUUAAUUGUAGAAGGUGUGAGUUGAUAUUAAGUUUUUGUGUUUUUUUAUUUGUUUGGAUGAUUAUGCAGUUGGGAGGCGAGGCGAUUUGUAAUUUGAUCGUGACCGUGAUUGCCUGAUUGGUUAUUUACGAGUUACUAAUUAUAUAUAUAGUUUUUUGCUACUA